CGAAUAAACGUUAAUAACGUGUCAAAGUCUGUGCCUAUAAAUGUGAGCACCCAGCAGCAGUGCAGGACUCAGACUUUCCUUUCAAGGCAGACACUUUAUUACAUUCUUGGCACAAUAACUUGCUGUAAAGAUGAUUGAUAAAGAUGUUGCCCUUGAAGCUUUGUGCACACUUUGCCAUGCCAGUGUGACAUCUGUUCAAAAGAGAUCAUCAUGUGGUGCAAGCCGAGCACAGCAGCAGCUGCUCACCAGUCAUUUCAUCUCUACAAUCUUGCAUGCAGAUGACAGCAGCCAGGUGUCAGGAAGGAACUUCUGCCGCCUCCAAAGCGCCUUGCAAGGUGUUGAUGCCGUAGGAGGCUAUGUGGUGAACGAGGUGGCCCCUCCUGCGGGACGAAAUUUCAUCAUCGACGAGGAUGAAUUUUUUGAUCCAAAGUUUGACUAUGAUUUCACCAAUCUGAAAGACACCGAGACUUAUUACCGAGGCGGAGAGACAUAUGAGCGUCCAUGUGGUUGGCAGCGUUUUGCAAUCAAGGUGCUGAAUAAGUACAGUGAUGGAAACACCUGGCUGGGAACCCGAUACCGCAGCACAGAGUCAGUACCUGGAGAGUGGCCUGUGUCCUACCACGGCACAUCGAAAGCAGGAGCUGCUGGCAUCAUCCAUGAUUUCUUCAAGCCAGGCCCAGGUGCGCGAUACGGCAGAGGGGUUUAUUCUACUCCACUCAUAGCUGAGGCGAUCCACUACGCCAAAACAUUCACCUACAACAAGACAGGCAAGAAGUACCAAGUUAUUCUGCAGAAUCGCAUCAACCCCAAGUACAGGCAGAAACACUACGGAGGGAAGUACUGGCUGAUUCCCAUCCCUGCUGGGACAUCGAAGGCUGAAGAGCAGAAGAUGGUCGAGGAAGCCAUCCGUCCUUAUGGCCUUCUGCUGAGAGAGGUCUGAUUGGUGUCCUGAGCUUUAUUUUGAAAAUCCAGUGAGUCUGUUGUCCUUGUAGAAGAAUCAUUUCUUGUUUACACUUCUAAAAAUGUUGCCCUCUUUGUUUUUCUUUCUUUUUUCACUCUUUUUUGUUAUUUUCAUCAUUUCUCUCUGUGAAUCAGUUCGUAUUUUGUUUUGAUAAAUUCUCUCUCAAUAAAGUUUAUUAUAAUCUUAACGACUGUUCCUACUGUGCUUCAUUAAACAGCGCAGUAGAAUGAACACAAAUAGCUUAAGUUGCAGAGCAGGCAGAUCUUAUGUCUACUGACUGUCAAAUAAAUAUGUAAAGUAAACUGGACACUGAAAUGACAGAGAGAUAAAAUGGUGAAAUGAUGAUAAAAUGGCAUUUUGAAGAUUAAAAGAGAAAUUGAUAAACCUGAAAAUAAAUAAGUAAAUAAAGUGGAUGUGGAGGCUCGAACUGAAAGCUUAAAUUGAGAGGCUUUUCAGUUUGUGCAACAGAAAAACGUAAUUAAAAUGAAAUUACAAAAACAAUUAAAGAUUCAUACCUUGACACAUAAUUUAAAGUAAACUUUUCCACAGCGAGUCCCUCACUUUGUCUGUCACCAACCGACCUGGAGACAAAAUUUGUGUUCACCUGCAUCACAUUAAAAAUUUUUUACUUUUGUGGGUUUGGAAGCCCUUUGAAUUAAGCAUUAACUUUAGUAUUUUUCAGCCUGGACUCGUUUCACUUGUUCUUGUGUCUGAAGUGUCUGAUCGGGACGAGACUCUCUGAAACUGGUCCAGUGCCGAGUGAGAGCUGCUGCAGCCCAACAGGCUCCACAUGUGUUUCUUCGAGACAGUGUGAACAGCACAAAUCACAUGGAAUCUGGUCUGCUCAGGUCUGAUCAGGGCCACUUUCAUAUGUGGGCACAAUGAGAGACAGAUCAAACCAGUCGUAUCUGAACUCACGAGACUCUCGAGGUCGACGUUUGUCAUGAUUCUGUGCUGAAAAAUCAGCCUCCCUUUGUGUAGUCCCAGUUUUUGAGUUAAGGCCAAACAGAGUCCUCAUUUUGUACCAUAAACAUGUAAAUGUGAGCUGGUAUGACAAUAAAAGUUCCUUGAAUCCUUUAAAAGACUGACCUGGUUUGUCCAUCGUGCAGCUCAGGAUCCAGCAGGUGUCUGGAGGGCCUUCAGUCUCACAUGGUCAGAACAAGUUUUCACUACCACAUUUUAUUUAACUUAGUUAAGGUGGGAAUUGACAGCAUGUUUUCAAGGCAAUGGACAUGUUAUCACCGAGGGGGGUGUUUUUCACAAACUGCAGGCUAUAAACUCCGACUGCAGCAGGACUCAGGUGUUAACUCUGUGCACCUGCAGGCUGCCGACAUGGUUUUCUUCAGGCUCAGUGUCCUCGUCCUGCUGCUGGUCUCCGACUGCUCCUGGGCUGACGACCAGGAUCUGCCUGUGUCUGAGCUCCUGUGGAGGGCCAACAAAGAUGUUGUGCGCAGAGCGGACGAGCCGUUGGUCAUUGAUGACAUUGCUUAUGACAGCGAGAAUGAGAGAAACGCUGACCCCUGCACCUCCUACAGCUGCAUGUGGAGCAAAUCGGCUGAUGGAAGGGUCUACGUGCCCUACGUCAUCGCCUCACAUUACACUUCUCGUGAGCGCUCCAUCAUCGAGCGCGGCCUGCAGUCCUUCCAUGACGUCUCCUGCAUUCGCUUCACCCAGCGCACCGGCCAGAGGGACUACCUGUACAUCCAGUCCGACAGCGGCUGUUACUCAUACGUGGGCCGCCGUGGUAAUUCCCAGACGUUGUCUCUGGACCGUCAGGGCUGCAUCUACCACAACACCGUCCAGCACGAGCUGCUCCACGCCCUCGGCUUCAACCACGAACAGUGCCGCUCCGACAGGGACCAGUACAUCCGGGUCCUGUGGGAGAACAUCCAGUCUGGUUUGGCGUACGCCUUCGACAAGUUGAACACUCUGAACCUGAACACCCCCUACGACUACAACUCUGUCAUGCAGUACCACAGGUAUGCCUUCUCCAAGAACGGUUUGCCCACAAUGGAGCCUAUCCCCAACCCCAAUGUCGAAUUCGGCACGGGCACCCAGAUGAGCAGGAAUGACAUCCUGAGACUGAAUACUCUGUACAAAUGUCACUAGCUUUAAAACACUGAUGAUGUUUUCUAAGCCUUUAAUGUGACAAUAAACCUUCGAACACAGAAGAAGCCUUGUCUGUUACUGUGCAGACACUUUUGUACCAAAUGUUCCUCAACUGAAGUUCGUAUAAUGAAGGUCUAAAUGCAUUCAACCUUAAGGAGUUUCCUCCGUAGGGUGUCUGGACUCAGUCUUAGAGACAGGAUGAGGAGCUCAGAGUGGAGUCGCUAAAGGAGCCAUCUGAGGUGGUUUUAGCAUCCAGAUAUGCCCAAGUAGGUGGAGACCCCUGGCGUAAACCCAGACCUCACUGGGGGGAUUAGAGAUCUGGCCUGUGAACAACCAAGGAUCCCCCUGGAGGGAUCCUUGGUUGCAAACAAAAGCGUAAGCUGUGUGUUGUGAUUGGUUAAUAUCUAACAAAUUAAACAGGUUGAGUUUGAACCUUCACAGGGAGCCACACAAAAUGUGAUAAAUCACUUGAGUCAGUGUCAACCGUGACUCAUGUAGGACAAAGUAUUAGAACAGUUA